UCGGGGCUGUAUGAAUCAACACGAACGCAUUCUCAAGAAAUAGGUUCCUCGUGAUCCAGAACCAGGUCUCAAUGCUGAACCAGGACUUGUCCCUCAUCUGACAUAGACUUGAGAACGUAAAAUCUGUUUCCUAUCUGUUCAUCUGACGAGGAGAAGCAUGGUCGAGAACUCCAGAACAGCAACUACAGCAGCUCUGCAAACAAAAAUGUCCUCUGCGAGCGACCCUCUCCUCCGUGCGCCCUCCGCCUCGACCCAGAGCCCCUUCCCCGGCUCCCAGUCCCACCAGAGCAGCGGCGGGGGUAUGAAGCUGGAAGCGGUCAUGGAAAACCUCCAACGACAACAGGCUGCGCGUCUGGCGCUCGAAGAAAAGCUGCGGCAGGCAGAGAAGGAGAAAGACAUCCGUUCCAUGGUGGAGUCCCAGAUACACCAACAAGCCCUGGCUUUGCGGCACUAUCAGGCAGCGGUGCGGGGCGCAUUCACGGCGGGGGUUGCCAACUCGUCAUCUCGAGUGAGCUCCACGGGGCGGCAACUGGAGUUCACUCACAUGAACAUCUGUACGUAUUCGGAGAGAGCCAACGGUUUAGACAUUGACGAUGACGGGGACACUGCUACCACAAUCAGCAUGGACGACAAGGAGCGGGACGAGGAGGGAGAUGACAUAGAAGAGCAGAGGGUCGUGGACGAUGAGGAGGCUGAAAACGAAGACACGGGGAGCGCGCUGAGCACUCACCUGCCCCGCCAUCCAAUGCAUCACGGAACGGAACACUCUCCAAAGAGCACCACGGUGCAUCUGAUGUCCAGAGUGCCGCAGACAUUCACGGUGCCCCGGCAGCCGGAGUCGCCUGGAGGAGUGGGACCUCAGCCGCAACCGCAAAACCACGAAUGGACGUACGAGGAGCAAUUCAAACAGACAGGAGGUGGAGCUGGAGGUAGCAGAGUUGAAGAUGAUAAGAUUUUCACUGGGACUCAUGGAAACAGCAUGACUAUGAAGGAGCUGUACGAACUGGACGAUGAUGAAAAACGUAAAGAGUUUCUUGACGACCUCUUCCGUUUCAUGCAAAAACGAGGGACUCCAGUGAAUCGGAUUCCUAUCAUGGCCAAGCAGGUGUUGGAUCUCUACAUGCUCUACAAGCUCGUCACUGAAAAAGGCGGCUUAGUGGAAGUCAUCAAUAAGAAAAUAUGGCGCGAGAUCACCAAAGGCCUUAACCUCCCGACCUCCAUUACCAGUGCAGCUUUCACCCUUCGCACACAGUAUAUGAAGUACCUCUACCCAUAUGAAUGUGAGAAGCGGGGACUAAGCUCCCCCGGCGAGCUUCAGGCAGCCAUCGACAGCAACCGGCGGGAGGGCCGGAGGCAGAGUUAUGGCUCUGCCAUCUUCAACUACUCCCCUGUGGGCACCCCCACCCUUCUUUCUUCCCCAAAGAUGCAAAUGCCCCACCUCCCCAUGUCCUCCCACAACGGAGGCCCUAUCGCCCACGUCCCUGUGAUCAAGAAAGAGGAGCCUCUGAUGUCCAGCUGUAUGUCGGGCCAUAUGGCGCUGCCCAUGUCUGUUGGUGGUGGGCACCAUGCGGCCGCAGCCGCCCACGCUGUGGCCGCCCAGACUGCGGCUGCAGUGCAGGCGGCGGCCUUGGAGCAGCUGAGGGAGAAGCUGGAAAGUGGAGAGCCGCCAGAGAAAAAGAUGAUCAUGAUGGCAGAGGAGCAGCAGAGGCUCAUGCAACAUGCCCUGCAGCAGAACCUGCUGGCCAUGGCCACGCAGCUACCAAUCAACAUCAAACUCAACAACAGAGAUGAUAGACAAGAGACUGCAUUGAACCUGUCUACCAACAGCAUUAGCAGCAUCAACAUGUCAAUAGAAAUAAAUGGAGUUGUCUACACAGGUGUCCUGUUUGCUCGGAAGCCAGCCAUAGUGGGGAUGACAGGCAGACACCGCAGCAACCACCCAAAUUCCCAGUCUCAGGAAAAGACCAGUCCAGGUUUGCCGACACAGAUUCAGCCAUCCUGUUCCUCUUCCUCUUCUGUUUCCUCCUCAUCCUCAGUUCAUGGACACAGAAUCUCCUCCCCCUGA